CUUCUCCCAAAAAGCAAAAACCUUAAUCACAAAAAUGGCAAUCUCCAAGAAAAAUUACAUCCUUAACACAGUGUCUGUCGACACAGGCUGCAGCAGCUGCAGAAAGCCCAGCCUCGCCGCCGUGAUCGCCGCCGGAAAACUCCACCGGAGCCGCCGGUCAAAUUCCACCACCACUUUAUCCUCCGGCGUCGCGACGCCGCCGGCGAGAUCCUCCUCCUCCGACACGGAUUCCGACAUCAAGGUGGUCCGUCGUCUCGGCAGGAUCGGCGGCGGCGACAGCGUGGCGGUGGAGAAGGAUUCCGACGACCCUUACCUGGACUUCCGGCGGUCGAUGCUGCAGAUGAUUCUGGAGAAAGAGAUCUACGCGAAGAAGGACCUGAAAGAGCUUCUCAAGUGCUUCUUACAGCUGAACUCGCCUUAUUACCACGGAAUUAUAAUUAGGGCUUUUACGGAGAUCUGGAACGGAGUUUACUCCGUCGGACUUUCCGGCGGUGGUAAUGACGAGUUUCAGAAGGACUGGAGGUCCCGGGACUUCUGAUUACUUUCUGCUCCAGCUGAAAUAGUAGUAAUAAUAAUAAUAUUAUCAAUAUAUAUUGUAGUCAGGGUUUGGUGUUGAAUUUUAGGGUAUUGAUCUUUUUUUCUUUUUUUUUUUUUUUAAUUUGUUUUG